GCUCCAAGCGCAGAGGCUGUCCGACUUGAGGAGCCUCCGGCACCAACGGGCUCUUUUGCCCUUCUUCCUUCAACAAAGGGCCGUUUUAGAAGAAUGCACAGUGGACUUCUUAGAUUAACAUUUUGAGUACUCCUUCAGAAGGAAAUAACGGUUCUUCCAGCUAGAAUUGGGUAUAUUAAAAACAUUAACAAAAAUGACAUUACAAAGAUUUUGGAUUUUUCUCCUAUUUGGUGCUCUAUGCAAUGCUGAAACUAAAUGCCCAGAUGUAUUAGACUGUCCAAUAGGCAUACAUUUUGUAAUCGACACAUCUGAAAGCAUUGCCUUACAGUUUCUUCCACCGGGUGGCUUAGUGGCUCAGAUCAAAACCUUCACUGAGCAAUUUAUCAAGAAGCUGGAAGCUGAGACAUAUAAAAAUCACAUACAGAUUACCUUCGAGUUUGGUGGCUUGCACUUCUCAGACAGAGUGGAAAUCUUCAGUGAUAUCACUAAAGAUCCCAAUGCUUUCAUUUCUCGUCUCCGUGCUAUUAACUACUUUGGAAGGGGAACAUUCACAGAUUGUGCUCUAUCCAACAUGACAGACAGUAUGGUCAGGCACUCUUCCAAGGAAACCCGUGCUCGGUUUGCUGUGGUGAUCACUGAUGGACAUGUUACAGGCAAUCCAUGUGGUGGCAUCAAAUUGAGAGCUGAAAGAGCCAGAGAUGCAGGCAUCCGAUUAUUUGCUGUUCCUGCCACUAACAAUAAGUAUGAGUCUGGCCUGAGAGAGAUAGCCAACACUCCUGCUGAACUAUAUAGGAACAACUACUUGGCAAUCACUGAAGCGGGUGAGAUAAAUAUUGAGACCAUCAACAGGAUCAUUCAAGUUAUGAAACAAGAAGCCUAUUCAGAGUGUUAUAAAGUGACCUGUUUGGAAUAUGAAGGUCCUCUUGGUGUAAAAGGCUACAGAGGUCAGAAGGGUGCUAAAGGAGAUAUUGGACAACCUGGCCCUCCUGGUGAAAAGGGGAGACAAGGUGAUCCAGGUAUAGAAGGUCCCAUUGGGUAUCCUGGUCCUAAGGGGCUUCCAGGUUUGAAAGGUGAUAAGGGAGAAAUAGGAGCUGAAGGAAAGAAGGGUGUUGCUGGUAUUUCUGGACGUAAUGGAACUGAUGGCCAAAAGGGUAGACUGGGAAGGAUUGGACCUCCUGGAUGUAAAGGAGACCCUGGUGACAAGGGACCUCCUGGUUAUCCUGGAGAUGCUGGGGAAAGAGGGCAAUCUGGAGACCUAGGUGCUAAGGGGGAUGCUGGUCGACCUGGAAGACGAGGCCCAACAGGACCUCCUGGAGACUUGGGUCAAAAGGGGGAGAGAGGAGGUUCUGGAUUUCCUGGUCUUCCUGGACCCAAAGGAGCACAGGGCGAGAGAGGGGGAGAAGGACCCAAAGGAGAGCAGGGACGAAGAGGUGACCCAGGACAAAAGGGAAGCCCCGGAGGAAAAGGUGCUAAAGGAGAUAAGGGUGAUUCAGGUCCUGAGGGUCAGAGAGGUCUUCCUGGAGAAGUUGGAAAUAAAGGUUCUAAGGGAGACACCGGACUGCCAGGUCCCAGAGGUUCACCAGGAACAGUAGGAGAAUCUGGAAAAAAUGGCUCACGGGGAGACCCAGGAGAUGUUGGACAAAGGGGAGAUCCAGGCUCACCAGGGCCAAAAGGUGACAGAGGAAGAACUGGACUCAGCUACCCAGGUCCACGUGGAACCAUGGGUGACCUUGGGGAGAAAGGCAAUCCUGGGCCUCAGGGUGGUAGAGGUGAAUAUGGAUUGAAAGGAGCUCCAGGAGUUAAAGGAGAAGAUGGGAACUCGGGUGAUCCUGGUCCUGCAGGAGAACCAGGGCCACGUGGUCCUAGAGGAGAACCAGGGCAAUUAGGAGAUCCAGGUCCAGCUGGUGAUCCUGGUUUAUCGGAUUGUGAUGUUAUGACCUACAUCAGGGAGACCUGUGGGUGUUGCGACUGUGAGAAGCGUUGUGGUGCCCUGGAUAUUGUGUUUGUAAUUGACAGCUCAGAAAGUGUGGGGCUUACCAACUACACACUUGAGAAAAACUUUGUCAUCAACACAGUCAGCAGACUGGGCUCCAUUGCUAAAGAUCCGAAAGCUCUUUCAGGGACUCGUAUUGGUGUUGUCCAGUACAGCCAUGAAGGCACUUUUGAAGCUAUCCAACUUGAUGAUCCACGCAUUGAUUCCCUGUCUGCCUUUAAAGAAGCCGUGAAGAAGCUCCAGUGGAUUGCAGGUGGCACGUGGACCCCCUCUGCCCUUGAGUAUGCCUACAAUCAAAUGAUCAGACAGAGCAGGCGUGAUAAAGCUAGAGUGUUUGCAGUUGUUGUUACUGAUGGCCGUUAUGACCCAAGGGACAAUUCUGCCCUUCUAUCAUCUCUUUGUGAUAAAAACAUUGUUGUCCAUGCAAUUGGAAUUGGUGACAUGUUCCGCCGGAAACAGGAAAGUGAGAGUUUGAGGGACAUUGCCUGCCCAAGUGGCAAUGUUACAGAGAUGUCAAACUUUGUCGAUUUGGUUGCUGAGGAAUUCAUUGAUGGAAUGGAGGAAAGACUGUGUCCAGAACCGGUUAUUGUUUGCCCAGAUCUUCCAUGUAAAACAGAGCUUGCAGUUGCUCAUUGUACCCAGCGUCCAGUUGAUAUUGUCUUCCUACUAGAUGGUUCUGAGCGAAUAGGAGAUGAAAACUUCCGACAUGCUCGAAACUUUGUGGAAGAAGUGGCUCAAAGGCUAACACUGGCAAAGCAAGAUGAUGAUGACCUCAAUGCACGCAUUGCUUUCCUACAGUAUGGCGGAGAAACAGACCAACAGAUAGCCUUCUCUUUGACCCACAAUCUUACCACUAUAAUGGAUAGCCUGGCACAAGUUCGCUAUCUUGACUCCUCCUCCAAUGUGGGCUCAGCUAUCAUUUAUGCCAUUAACAACAUUGUCAACCAACAGGGAGGUAGGCAGAAGGCUGUUAGACGCAAUGCAGAGCUCUCGUUUGUCUUCAUCACUGAUGGAAUAACAGAUAGCAAAAAUCUUGCGGAGGCGCUGACUUCUUUGAGGAAAGCAGAUGCAAUGUCAACAGUGAUUGCUGUUGGGAGUGAUGUGGAUUCAGAGGUUCUUUCACAGCUUGCGCUUGGAGACCGGGCGGCUAUCUUCAGAGAGAAAGAAUUCGCUCUGCUCUCUAGACCUGGCUUUUUUGAUCGAUUUAUUAGGUGGAUUUGUUAGUGGGAGGCACUGAAUAUAAAUCGUAUUUACCAAAUGCACACAUAGGUGAAAGAAAUAUGAUUACAUUUAGUCUUUUACCGAUUUAUUUAAGAAGGGUUUUCUCUCACAGUUAGGCAUUAAAACAUACAAAUAAAAGUUUCCUUUUCUAAAAUUGAGAGUCAUUUUAAUUCAAAUAUUUGCUGGCAAGUUUUAUUUUUUAGGCUUCAGUGUCAUUUUAAACAAAACUGAGUCAUAGACACAUUAUUUUGUUUUUUUUUUUUUGCAUCCAAAUAUCAUUCAGAGAUUUCCAGGUUAUUUUAUAGAGUUGCUCUCCUUAUAUGAGUUGAUUUUCUCUAAACAUUCAAGAAAACAUUGCCAUUCUGUCUUUUAUUAAUUUUAUGUCUUGAAAUUGAAACAGAUGUUGUCAAUUGAGCAUAUUAAGUGGCAGAUUUUAAUUCAAGUCAAUUAUAAAUAAAGGUUACAUUUUUGUA